AUGAUGUCCUUCGCCAUGGUUCGCCCAUCUCCUGCCCGUUUUCUCUACUCUGAGAUCAGCAUGCUCUCCGAAGAUGAUGAGAACGGCAGCGAAAGUUCAGGAUCUGAUGACAAAUCCUCCUGCCUAUCCUCUCCUGGCUACGGCCCCAUCAAAGCUGCCUCUCGCAAACGAAAGUACGGCUGCCGGCCAGCGGCCGUGUCCACGGACCUCUGCGCGCCCAUCUCAGAAACCCGGCAGCGCAACGCAGCAAACGCCCGCGAGCGGGACCGUACCAACAGCGUCAACAUGGCCUUCACAGCCCUGCGGACGCUCAUACCCACUGAACCAGCCGACCGUAAGCUGUCCAAGAUUGAGACGCUGCGGCUGGCUUCCAGCUACAUUUCGCACCUGGAGAACGUGCUGUUGGUGGGCGAGGCAUGUGGUGAUGGGCAGCCAUGCCACAGGAGCCCAGCAGCCCUGCACAACCACCUCCACAACUCUCACAAACCUACAGCCCCCAGCCCGGACUCUGAGAACUCCCAACCCAGACAGAUCUGCACCUUCUGCCUCAGCAACCAGAGACGACUGAACAAAGACAGAGAAAGAAAAACAGCCAUAAGAAGUUAAUGCUGAAGAAGAACCCACGAUGGGAACUCUUAACUGUACAUUUUGUGUAAUUUGUUGUACGUAAGCUAUUUUACAUAGCAAUAUUAUACACAGACUCUUAUUUAUCCUGUAAAUGUACUCUACUGGAGAUAUCGCUUUUGGCUUGGCUACAUUUUCCCAAGAGGAAGAGCACUGAGGACUUUGCAUUUGUCAACCAGCACACGCUGCUUGUGCUAAACACAGCACAUUAUGACUCUGUAAGAGUUCAACCAAAAAGGAGACAGUGGACUACAAUAAGACUAUCCAUACUUCAGAGGACAAUGCCUGAGACUAAAACAGGGACAGGAGAAAAACACUGAUCAGUUAAAGCUGCCAUGAAUCCGUUCACCAGUGAC